UGGACACACUGGCUGCGGCGGCGCGUUUUGUUCGGAUUUCCUUAAAAAAAAACGCGAAAUAAUAAAGUUAAUUAUAAUCAGCCAAACGCCGACAGUAGCCGCGAUAGCUGGCACUUGAACAAACAAGAGAAAAGUGCUUCCUUUAAGUCGUAAAGGCGUGAAAGUGCAACUGGGAGAAAAGUUCCAGGAAUUCCUGCGCCUGUUGCUCUGUACGCCGCGCGGGUGUCUCGGUGUGCGUAUUGGUGUGCGCUCAGCUGUGCCUGCUGCGCGGCGGUAUAUUGUUUAUAAAGUGUUUUUUUUCGCAGUUUGCAAAUGCUGAACAAGCCGGGCGGUUGAUUUUUUAUAUUUCGCGUCGUCGUCGUCGCCGCGCAAACGAAAGUGAUUUGUUGUUGCUUACUACAAAGUCCCGCUAUUCUCCAAUUCUCCAAUUUGGGGCUUGUUGUUAGUGCGAUCUCCAUCGUUGUGGUUGUUGUUGUAAUGCGGUCGGGUCAUUGCUUCAAAUUGCUUAAUCAACGGCACUUGUGAUACUUUUUCUUGUCAAGAUGAUGAUGGGCACCAAGCAUCGGAAUUCGCACAAUGGCAGCAUCAAGUCAUCUUCAUCGAUGCGAUCCAGCAGUAAAUCCUUUCAGGCCAAAUUGGAUAGAAUGUCGGAGCGGCUUUACGAUGUGGUAAAAUCUGGUUCGAUGGUCAAAAGGGCCCAAAACAAGAAACGUUUCACGCCGGUGAAUUACAAACAUCGCUGGUUCGAGCUGACCAAGCAGACACUCUCCUAUUUCGACGUGGAAAACGUGGAGCGGAGACGCGAACGCGGACGCAUCCAUUUGAAGGGCGUGCGGCUUGUGGAGGAGGCCACUGUCAGCGGGGAGGGCGGCGAUCCCUCGGCACCGGAUGGUUAUCCGUUCCAAGUGGGCUACUGUGAGAUCUCUGCGUCGGCAAAUCCCCAACAGCUGUUGGAGAACGGCGGAGGAGGUGCAGUUGGAGUUGAGGGCCAGCUGAAUUUCCGCUCAGCAGUGCCACAGUACACACUCUACGUGAUAGCCACCAGCGAAAAGGAGCGCAGCGAGUGGAUCCGUGCCAUACGCCAAGUUUGCGAAGAUAGUAAUACUCCCAAAUCCUAUCGCUAUCAUCCCGGUUUGUGGUCCGGCAAGAAGUGGAGUUGCUGUAAGGGAUUAUCAAGAACCACAUUUGGCUGCCGAGCUGCUGCUCAUUGGAGAGAGGCCAACAAUAAUCCAAGCAACGGCAGUUCUCCAGCCCAGAAUUCAACGCGCAGCAUCAGCCCCAACAGCUCGACGACCAACAGCCAGUUCAGCCUGCAGCACAACAGCUCGGGCAGUCUCGGCGGCGGUAUAGUAGUGGGCAGCGGAGUGGGAGUGGGAGGCGGCGGAAGCCUUGGCCUAGGCGGCGGCGGCGUUGGAGGUGGAGGAGGUGGUGGCGGCAGUUGCACGCCCACAUCGCUGCAGCCUCAGUCCUCGCUGACAACUUUCAAGCAGUCGCCAACUUUAUUGAACGGCAACGGAACUCUAUUGGAUGCCAAUAUGCCGGGCGGUAUACCCACACCAGGAACCCCCAAUUCCAAAGCCAAGGAUAAUUCACACUUUGUGAAAUUGGUGGUGGCCCUGUAUCCAUUCAAGGCCAUUGAAGGCGGCGAUUUAUCGCUGGAAAAGAAUGCCGAAUACGAGGUAAUCGAUGACUCCCAGGAGCACUGGUGGAAGGUCAAAGAUGGCCUAGGUAAUGUCGGCUAUAUACCCAGCAACUAUGUCAAGCCCAAGGCGCUGCUGGGUCUCGAGCGUUACGAAUGGUAUGUGGGCGACAUGUCGCGCCAGAGAGCCGAAUCCCUGCUCAAGCAGGGCGACAAGGAGGGCUGCUUUGUGGUGCGCAAGUCAUCGACCAAGGGUCUCUACACACUAUCGCUGCAUACCAAAGUUCCACAAUCGCACGUCAAGCACUAUCACAUCAAGCAGAAUGCCCGCUGCGAGUACUAUUUGAGCGAGAAGCAUUGCUGUGAAACCAUACCCGAUCUGAUCAACUAUCAUCGCCACAACUCUGGCGGCCUGGCCUGUCGCCUCAAAUCCUCGCCCUGCGAUCGCCCGGUGCCCCCAACGGCUGGGUUGUCCCACGACAAAUGGGAGAUCCAUCCCAUGGAACUGAUGCUGAUGGAGGAGCUCGGCUCGGGUCAGUUUGGUGUGGUGAGGCGCGGCAAGUGGCGCGGCUCAAUCGAUACGGCCGUCAAGAUGAUGAAGGAGGGCACCAUGUCCGAGGAUGAUUUCAUCGAGGAGGCCAAGGUGAUGACCAAGCUGCAGCAUCCGAAUCUGGUGCAGCUGUAUGGCGUGUGCUCCAAGCAUCGACCCAUUUACAUUGUCACCGAGUACAUGAAGCAUGGCUCCUUGCUGAACUACUUGCGGCGGCAUGAGAAGACACUCAUAGGAAAUAUGGGCUUGCUCCUGGACAUGUGCAUCCAGGUGAGCAAGGGCAUGACCUAUCUGGAGCGUCACAACUAUAUACAUCGCGAUCUGGCGGCCCGCAAUUGUCUGGUGGGUUCCGAGAAUGUUGUAAAAGUGGCAGACUUUGGCCUGGCGCGAUAUGUUCUUGAUGAUCAGUACACCAGCUCGGGCGGGACCAAGUUUCCCAUCAAGUGGGCACCGCCGGAAGUACUCAAUUACACGAGGUUCUCCUCCAAGAGUGAUGUUUGGGCUUAUGGCGUCCUCAUGUGGGAGAUCUUCACCUGUGGCAAGAUGCCCUAUGGCCGCCUAAAGAACACCGAGGUGGUGGAGCGUGUGCAGCGCGGUAUUAUUCUAGAGAAACCAAAGUCGUGUGCCAAGGAGAUUUAUGAUGUCAUGAAGUUGUGCUGGUCACAUGGACCCGAGGAGCGUCCUGCUUUCCGUGUGCUCAUGGACCAGCUGGCUCUAGUGGCCCAGACGCUGACCGACUAAGAAGAUUACACAGAUAUAUAUAUAAAAUAUAAAUAUAUAUAUAGAUUUAUGCCUACUUGGAUUAUUUGAUAGAGAGCCAGCGAUUUAAUGAUAUCAUUAUGUUUAUAUAAAUGCGUUAAUACUACAGACAGUCACAUACAUAUAUAUAUAGCAACUACUAUAUAUAUAGAGAGAGAGUAAAUCGAGGAGAUAUAUAGUGUAAACUGUAGUUAAUAGGCCAAUUUUUGAUACAUUUCACAUGAUUACGAUAUGAUAUAAUAUGAUAUGAAUAUGAUAUGAAUAUGAUAUGAAUAUGACAUGAUAUAUGAUAUUUAAAUGUGCUUUUUAAAAAAAACAUAGCGAUAGCCACUGUGCUCUAAGUAAAAAUUAUGAAACAAGAAACAAGAAAACUGAUUAAGCAUUAAAAAAAAAAACCUAAAAAGUAAGCCUCAAACUGAUAAAAAGUAUAAAGAUAAAUGAAGGAUAAAGUAUAAAAGAUAAUGAUGAUAAAAAGAAACAUCAAAACACAUUUUUAGACUUAGUUUUGUAUAUGUGUGUGCUUAGUUUAAGUUUUGUGAUUUAUUGUUUAAUUCUUGGCGCGAUUUUGUAACUGUAUUUAAAUUCUUGAAGCGAAUAUAUAUAUUAUGGAUAUUCCAAACGCGACAUUUAUAAUACCAUAUUAUGCUUUAUAUAUUUUUAAACUGAAUUCUUGAGUUUUUUUUUAAUGAUUUAACGAUCUAUUACGAUAUAUAUAUAAAUUUAUAUAUAUUUAUAUAUUUUACUGUAUUUUUAUGAAAAGUUUUACUUAAUUAAUUUUAUCAUUUCUUGAUUAAGCGAAAAACCCAAGAGAAAAAACCGAAAACAACCAGAAAAAUCAACAAUAAAAUGUACUUUGUGAACAUUGAUUUUA